AUGAGAUCAAGAGAAUGCGAUGAAGAUGAGAUUCAAGCAAAGCAAGAAGGAGAUCAGAAUCAUCAAGUAAACUUAAACAACAUGUUACAACAACAGAAUCAGCCGAGCUCGGUAUCAUCAUCAAGGCAAUGGACCUCAGCUUUUAGGAAUCCAAGAAUCGUUCGAGUCUCGAGAACGUUCGGUGGCAAAGACAGACACAGCAAAGUCUGCACAGUCCGUGGCCUUCGAGACAGAAGGAUAAGGUUGUCCGUACCAACAGCGAUUCAGCUUUACGACCUUCAAGACCGGUUAGGGCUGAGUCAGCCAAGCAAAGUCAUCGAUUGGUUACUCGAAGCAGCAAAAGAUGACGUGGACAAGCUUCCUCCAUUACAGUUUCCUCACGGGUUUAACCAAAUGUAUCCGAAUCUCACCUUCGGAAACUCCGGAAUCGGAGAAUCUUCAUCAUCAGCAUUCCCAGGAACCAACCUCGGGUUCUUGGAAGCUUGGGAUCUUGGUGGCUCUUCAAGAACAAGAUCAAGAAUAUCAGAUACUAGUACGACGCAGAGAGAGAGUUUCGAUCUUGAUAAAGGAAAAUGGAUCAAGCACGAUGAGAAUUGUAGCCAGGAGCAUGGGUUCGACAUCAAUCAUCAACACUUCUCUCUGACAAAUCCUUACAACAACAACAACACUUCGUCUUAUUACAACCUCGGACAUCUUCAACACUCGUUAGACCAAUCCGGUAACAACGUGACUGUCGCAAUAUCCAACACCAACAAUAAUCUCAAUCUGCCUCCUCCUUCGUCGACGUCCGCUGGAGACGGGUCUCAGCUGUUUUUUGGUCCUCCUCCUCCGGCAAUGAGCUCUUUAUUUCCGACAUAUCCUUCGUUCCUUGGAGCUUCCCAUCAUCAUCAACAACAUCCUCAUCAUAUCGUAGAUGGAGCUGGGAAUCUUCAGCUCUUUAGCUCCAAUGCUAAUACGGCGUCGCAACAACAGAUGAUGACGGGUAAUUCGAGUUUGAUUAGACCUUUUCAUCAUUUGAUGAGCUCAAAUCAUAAUACGGAUCGUCAUAGUAGUGACAAUGAUUCAGAUUCAUGA